ACUCUGCAUUUUCAUCCUUGAGGCUUAUAUCAAGAUGCGCGGCCCGGCAUGAACAGACUUUUUCGUUUCAUUCAUUUUCCAAAUUUUCUUUUUGUGUGUGACAGCGAGCUACCAGUCAUUCGUUCUUGUUUUCUUUGAUCUACUCUUCAUCCGAAACUUUUUUACUCUCUUUGUUUCUCGGAUGUUGGCCUGGCGUUCUUUGGCUUCCAUCACUGCUGAGCGUAUUGCUAUCUAAACCUGUUCCCUCCUGGAACUCUCUCCCGUAAUCAUUUCCCCUUCCAUUACGCUUCAUCAUGAGAAUUCUAUCUCCAUCCGUUCUUUUUGCUCUAUACAUUGCCUGUCAACGGGCUUCCGCCACUGGUUGGUCAGCACGUUUUGGAGCCGUAUUUGCUCGAGAUCCUCCGCCUUCUGGUUCCGAUGCGUCCCCAGAUGGCGACUCAGAUAGCAAUUCAGAUGGCACAACGGCCGUACAAUCUGCCAGUUCAGCAGCAAUUACCUUUCCACCUUUUGCCAACACAACCUCCGCUGUGGUUGUUUCUCCGACGUUGACCACCUCGACAAUCUAUUCCACCUCACUAUCGACAAUUACAAGUUGCGGCGCAGAUAAUGAGGACUGUCCAUUCCGCGAAUUUCCUCAAAUUGUUACAUCUAUCAUUGCUAUCUCUACAACGGUCUGCCCCGUUAGUGUUGAGGCGACCUCUUCGGCUCCUUCAUCAGAACUAUCAGCACCUCCGAGUUCUUCCCUAACGUCACCGUCAACUCUGGCUUCGGCAGCAAGUAGCUCGACAAUCGUUGGAGUCACUUCCUCUGUUACGCCGUCUACAUCGCUCUCGACUUUCGGCUCACAGCCUGUCUCUUCGAGUUCUAGUGUCUUAGGGUCGAGCAGCAGCUUGCCAUCUUCCUCUGUCGUUCUGCCAUCGAGCAGCUCAACACCUCCUGUGUCAGCAACUAAUGCCACACUGACGACUUCUACCUUCUAUUCUACUUCGGUUUUCACUGUCACUAGUUGCGCACCGGAGGUACCAGACUGUCCGGCCCGGACAUCGCCUCAAGUUGUGACGUCUUUGAUUGCGACUUCAACAACAGUCUGUCCGGUCUCGAGCACGCUGUCUAGUGUUGCAUCGAGUCCUGCGAUUUCAAGCUUCGCAAGUUCAACAAAUGGACUCCCGAGUUCGCAAGCCUCUACUCCUGGCAGUUCGAAUUCAACAACUUUUGGUGCAGCCACGCCAAGCUCUUCCAGUUCGGAGAUUUCCUUGACGAGCUCAAGUUCGACUACUGUACUCCCAACUUCGCAAGCCUCUACUCCUGUCAAUUCGAAUUCAACAACUUUUGGUGCAGUCACGUCGAGCUCUUUCAGCUCGGAAAUCUCCUCGACAAUCUCGUCGACCUUGUCAACCGGAAGUUUCAAUGUUUCUACUGGCAUACCGUCGUCGCUUUCGUCUUCGUCUUCUGCUGCCGCUUCUUCUUCAUCCAUUCUUUCGGCAUUGACGUCCUCUUCAAUCGGACCAUUUUCUCAACCCUCGGGUUCUGGAUCAUCUGCAGGGUUUCCGCCGGUAUCCUCAAACUCCACUCAGUUGACGACGUCGACUAUUUAUUCCACUACCAUCUAUACUAUCACGAGCUGUGCUCCCGAGGUCACAAACUGCCCAGCACGAACUUCUCCGCUGACAGUGACAUCAAUUGUUGCCGUCUCAACCACUGUCUGCCCGGUUACCAGUACCAGUAAUUCUGUUAUUCUCCCCACGGGGGUGACUUCCGUGAAUAACUCAGGCUCAACACUGCCAGCCACAGGCUCAAGCGUCAGUUUGGCGCCAACUAACUCAACUUCCUUGAGCCUCCCUUCUCAAUCCGCUGUUACUGGGACUCCAUCUUCUGGAAGUAUAGAGACUUCGUCCGGCAGUGCUUCCGCGCCGUUUACAAAUGCUACUCAGAUGACGACUUCAACAGUGUACUCCACCACUGUGAUGACAAUAACGAGUUGUGCUCCCGAAGUCACAGAUUGUCCUGCGAGGACCUCUCCGCAGACAGUAACUUCUGUCGUAGCUGUAUCGACAACGGUUUGCCCCGUCUCUAGCACCACGAGCGCUUCGCCUGUGACUACAACGUCUUCAGCUAUUGCUGUGUCCAGCUCUCCAAGCUCGACAAUCGGCUUUAGCAAUUCACUCUCUUCUACUUUUGGUUCUGCAUCAAGUGCGAUCCAAUCUUCUUCGUCAAUAGCAGGUCCGACGUCAAAUUCUUCUUCGUACGUCGCGUCUCCUUCUUCAACUGUGGCAACGAUCACGACCACGUCCACUACUUCAACAAUUUAUUCAACCAUUACAUUCACCAUUACGAGUUGCGCCCCUGAAGUUACCAAUUGUCCAGCGAGAACAUCACCACAACUCGUCACGUCGGUCAUUGCAGUGUCUACCACAGUGUGCCCUGUCACGCUGACGAAUACUCCGUCUGUGUUGACAUCCCCAGUGUCGGCUAGCUCCCCAAGCCCUCCUACUUCAAGCUCCAUUUCCGUUCCCACUUCUUCGAGCUUUGGCACGGUCAGCUCGCCAACACUUGUAACUUCUACUUCAAACUCUAGUACACUUGUGUCUUCUUCAGAAGUUUUGUCUUCUGAAUCGACCACAACCACUAGCGCAACUUUGAUGACUACCUCAACAGUCUACUCGACUUCAGUAUAUACCAUCACGAGCUGUGCCCCUGAUGUAACCAAUUGUCCGGCAAGAACUUCACCACUCACUGUGACCUCGAUUAUUGCAAUUUCGACAACAGUGUGUCCUGUGACUGCUUCGCAGACAUCCUCAAGCUUGAGCCCAAGCACUUCAAUUCUCGCUAGUGCGACAUCAAUCGGUUCUUCAUCUACUUCUGCUUCUGCUUCUGCUUCGAACGCUUCACCGUCGCAGUCUCUGCCUGCCACUUCUACGCUGGAAAUUUCAUCUAGCGUCACGUCCACGGAGACCAUUUCUGGCCCAACAGUCACCGCCAGUGCGUCCUCAAGCUUUAGUAGCAGCUCAUCGCCAGCGGCAAGUACAUCACUUCUCUCUAGUACCGGUCCUGGGAUUUCUUCGACCACAGUAUCGUCAACCAGCAGUAUCAGUCCUGCUUCCACGAUAUCAGAAGCUCCCUCAACAACAUCAGCAUUUGCAAGCUCUGUAUCUGGCACGAGCACAACCGAGUUGACUACUUUGACCAUCUUCAGCACGGUGGUAUCGACUGUUACUAGCUGUGGGCCUGAAGUCACCAACUGUCCCGCACAUUCGACAGCAACAGUGACGUCUGUCGUUGCCAUUUCAACCACAGUUUGUCCUGUCAGCAGUGCAAGCUCCAUUUUGUCAAGCCUCUCAAGUGCUACAUCGCAGAGCUCAUCUUCUUACUCGCCAUCGAGCGCCUCUUCUGUAGUUGUAUCGACAACAUCAAUUAGCUCGACGGUUCCUCUUUCGUCAAGCUCUGUUUUGGCUUCGAAUACUGCGGGAUCCUCGUCAUCAUUAGUGUCGCCCAUUUCGACGGGCAGCUCACAAAUCUCUACUGAUACCACUUCGAUGACGACUUCCACCAUUUACAGCACGCAGGUAGCUACAAUUACCAGUUGCGCACCAGACAUUACCAACUGUCCUGCCAGUUCUACCGCGGUUGUGACCUCUAUCAUUGCUGUCUCGACGACAGUCUGCCCGGUCAGUUCUUCUGAAGUCUCGUCUGUCACGAGUACGGCCAUUUCAAGUAGCAGCUCUGCAUCACUGUUGACUACGGCGACAACUAGCUCGUCAGAGUCGAGUAUCGUAGGUCCUACGAGCCUCACAACGUCGCCUACAACCACAGCGGCCAUUACGAGCUCGAUCACCCUGUCUAGCAGUUUGAGCUCCUCGACAGAAAUACUCCCGACAACAACGAUUGCAAGCAGUUCUACGACCGUCGAGACUGCCAUCACAAGCUCGAUUACCCCCUCCAGCAGCUUGAGUUCCUCGACGGAAAUACUUCCAACAACAAUAAUUGCAAGUAGUUCUUCGACCAUCGAGACCUCUAUCACAAUGACCACCUCGACGAUCUUCAGCACCCAGAUUACUACUGUCACAAGUUGUGCACCAGACGUGACAAACUGCCCGGCUCACUCCACCGCAACCAUAACCUCAAUCAUUGCAAUCUCCACGACGGUCUGCCCAGUAACAGCAACGGAAACAUUUUUGAGCUCUUCAACGCCGCUUGCUUCAAGUAGCACGAUUACAACAGCUUCAGAGACAAACGGACCAUCCUCUUUGAGCUCUACUAGCGAGACGACAUCUCUCUCUACUCUGACGUUGUCGACUACACCCGUGUCCAGCAUUUUCGAGUCCUCGAGCGAAGUACUUCCAACCUCUGUUCAAGGAUCCCCGACGCCGUCCAGCAUUACAUCCAUGACCACUUCGACAGUGUUCAGCACCUUUGUUACGACGGUUACAAGCUGUGGUCCUGAGGUUACAAAUUGCCCAGCACGUUCGACUGCUACCAUCACGUCAGUGAUUGCUAUAUCAACGACUGUAUGUCCUGUCACAGCAACGGAGAGUUUAUCAUCAUCAGCUCAGGCAGUUUCAAGUUCUGCAAGCAGCUCCACUACAGGUUUGACAUCAAUUUCGACGAGUACUUUGAGCUCUUCUGUUAUCGAAAGCGUUACAGAAAGCUCUGUUACCCCGGUGUCAUCGGUUGGGGCCACAACGUCAAGCGGUGAAGUGUCGCCGACGGAGAUCAGCUCGUCGCAGCAAUCCUCUUCCACUCCGACCUUGGUAAUAUCCUCGGAGAGCUCCAGCCCUGUCGCGAUCCCGACUACUGUAUCAUCGACAGCGGUUGAGUCCACUAGUACGACUGAAGUGUUCGAGACUGUCACCACGACCUAUUCACAGCUGACCACCUCGACAAUUUACAGUACAAGCUUAGCCACAAUUACCAGCUGCGGUCCAGAGGUUACAAAUUGUCCAAGUCAUUCAACACGUGUCGUUACAUCCAUUAUUGCAAUCUCGACAACUGUUUGCCCUGUCACAGCGACAAGUACGCUGUCGACUCCUCACAGUGCACCUACAAGUUCUGUAGAAACUGUGGCUGCCAGUCCUUCAUCCAGUAGCUUGGAAGCUUCGCCCACAAUCACUAGUUCCUUGGAAACAUCUGUCUCUGCAGUUCCAUCGACUUCUGAGGUCGCUCCUGUGCAAACAUCAUCAAGUACCACGACCCUGCCGGAGGCCGUAACCACUGUGAUUGUCUACUCAUCAAUAACAACCUGUCCGGUUACGAGCGUUGUAACUUCAGGUUCACAGACGACCACUAUAGUGACUUCUUCGCUUUCCACCGUAUUUAGUACGACUACCUCAACUAUCUCGGCUUCCCAGGUAGCUGCGCCGACGGUUUCAAGCGUGCCAACAUCUCCUGCCCCGCCGGCAUCACCAGCUAGCCCAACUGCCUCUGCACCAUCAACCUCUUCGCAGCCAUACACAGAAGUACUACCAAAAUGUCUCGAUACAUGGCUUCCACAAACGGGCUGCAGCUCCAAAUCCGACACCGCAUGCUACUGCAAACAGCCAACACUUAUUAUCAAUGUAAUCCAGUGUGUUCAGUCGUGGGGAGCCAAUAACACUGAAAUCCAGUCCGCACUUACGUACCUCGCUGGUAUAUGCGCGGAACAGAUCCCACAGAAUCCGGCAAUCAUCACGGCAAUCCCUACGACGAUCACCGUCGGCAUCGUUUCGCCCACCAGCGCCUCCACCAUUGUCGAAAGCCCGACCUCCUCUGCCCCUGCAGCCGCCAGCUCAUCAUCAUCACUAGCAGGGGCCGUCACAGGAACAAGCUCUACUACAAUUACACCUGCGGCCUCUGCUCCUGAAGCUCCGACAACUACUGUUGUCAUUAUCACUCAGACUCUGACCGUUCCUUGUACACUCUCUGCUUCUGCUUCUCCUUCUGCCGCCAAUCCUCUUUCAUCCUCUGCCGGCAGCUCUCCUUCUUCAUCGGCAGGAGCCAGUCUCAUCUCUCCUGUCCAGUCCUUCACCACUACCGUCAUUACUACAUCCCUAACACUGCCCCGGGUUCAAUUCACCACAGAGUAUGGGGUCUCCACAACAAGCGUUGGCUUUGCUGCGACUCCUACCAGCGUCCCGCACUUUACAGGCCCCAAGUAUAAUAGCUCUCUUGGAUACUAUCCUACAGGCACUGGCACUGGCACUGGCACAGGAUACACGACGUUUGCCAGCGCCUAUGCAUUCAAAGCCGCGUCCAGCAGCGGCAGCAGCGCCGGCGCGCCCAGUGCGAAUAUCCAAUCAUUCACCGGCGCUGCACCUCGGAGUACCCCUACCGCUUUUGCGACUGUAUUCGCUGUCCUUGUCGCUGCCCUUGUUUGCUUGCUCGCCGUUUAGUCUGUCCGAUUGUCUGUCCGAUUUACUCUUUCUGUCCCAGUUAAUCAGUUAUAGAUGGCGUAUCGGUUUUCUCGUCCUUUCUUCUUUUUUUCUCUUUUUGUAAUAUUCUGUGUUUGUAUAACCAAAACGAGACGCGCACAUCUCGCACAUCUCAGUCUAUAAUUUCUGCUUAUUUGGUCUACGGGUAUUCUGGCGCAACAGUGUAACUAAGCUUUCUAAUUAAGUCUACC